CGUCAAAUAACGCUGCCAUUUCCUCCAUCUUCCUCCUCCGCAAUUACGCAUAAAGAAAAGGGAAUUUCAAUUGGAAAGUCCGGAACGGCGACCACCACGAGGAAGAGGAACUGCCACCCACGACGGCCGGCGGCGAAGUCGACGAUGGUUGCGGUGGCGCUGAACCAGAUGUUGGUGGUGGCGGCGGCUUCCCCAGCUGUGACUGCUUUUUCGUGGAGGAGCUGUUUCACUCUGCUUUUCCCACUCCUCUUCGUUGCCUCCUUCACCUUGGCUGCUGCCGCUGGCGGCGUCCCGGGAGCCGGCAACGGAGUUUUCAGCGUCAAAUACCGCUACGCCGGUAUGCAGCGCACUCUCAGUGACCUCAAAGCUCACGACGAUCGCCGCCAGCUCCAAAUUCUCGCCGGUGUCGAUCUUCCGCUCGGUGGUACUGGCCGCCCCAACGGCGUCGGGCUUUACUAUGCCAAGAUUGGAAUUGGGACGCCUUCGAACGAUUACUAUGUGCAAGUGGAUACGGGAAGUGAUAUCAUGUGGGUCAACUGUAUUCAGUGCAAAGAGUGUCCUAGAACCAGUACACUUGGUAUAGAUCUCACUCUGUAUGAUAUAAAUGAGUCGGCUUCUGGGACCUUGGUUACCUGUGAUCAAGAGUUUUGCUCGGAGGUUAAUGGCGGCCCAUUGUCAGGAUGCACAGCUAAUGUGACCUGUCCAUAUUUAGAGAUAUAUGGGGAUGGGAGCUCCACUGCAGGAUACUUUGUUAAGGAUGUUGUGCAGUAUGACACAGUUUCUGGAGACCUUGAAACUGCCUCAGCAAAUGGAAGCGUCAUAUUUGGAUGUGGUGCUAGGCAAUCAGGGGAUCUGGGCUCAUCUACUGAAGCAGCACUUGACGGGAUACUUGGAUUUGGAAAAGCUAAUUCCUCAAUGAUUUCUCAGUUGGCUGCUACUGGAAGAGUGAAAAAGAUAUUUGCUCACUGCUUGGAUGGUGAAAACGGGGGUGGUAUUUUUGCUAUUGGGCAUGUUGUGGAGCCACGAGUUAAUACGACACCGAUCAUACAAGACCAGCCCCAUUACAAUGUCAAUAUGACAGCUGUUCAAGUUGGUCACGAUAUGCUAAACCUUUCAGCAGAGGUAUUUGAUGCUGGGGAGAAAAAGGGGGCAAUCAUUGAUAGUGGUACUACACUGGCCUAUCUCCCAGAAAUGGUUUAUACGCCUUUGGUAACCAAGAUAAUAUCUGAGCAACCUAAUCUAAGGGUUCAAACUGUCCACGAUGAAUAUACAUGUUUUCAGUAUUCUGGAAGUGUGGAUGAUGCAUUUCCGAAUGUGACUUUCCAUUUUGAAAAUUCACUCUUACUGAGGGUGUAUCCACACGAAUAUCUGUUCCCUUUUGUAAGUAUACCACUCUGUAAACUUGUGAAGGCCUUUUUAUCCUCUACAGUUUCUGGCUCUUUUCUAUUCUGCCACUUGUAGAAUCACUGUUGUUAGUAUAGCUUCACCCAAAGGGUUCUGGCCAACCAGCAAACUCCACCACAGGACAGGGCUUCUAAGAAACUGGCAUAAUCCUUUAAAUAUAACCUGUAAACCGUGUUUAGGUUCUCAGCUCAGUAAUGAGCUCUUAAUCGCUUACGACUUCAGAGGGCUUUUCCAUUUUAUCCCCCUUGUUGAUACUUUAACUUAUGAUAUCUUCGUUAAUGCCCGAUCUCUUUGAUACAAAUCUAAUACAUGCAGGAGGGCUACUGGUGUCUUGGUUGGCAAAACAGUGGGCUGCAAUCCAGGGAUAGAAGGAACAUGACUUUGUUAGGAGAUUUAGUGCUCUCAAACAAACUAGUGUUGUACGAUCUUGAAAACCAAGCCAUUGGAUGGACAGAGUAUAAUUGCUCGUCGACCAUUACCGUGAAGGAUGAAAAGACCGGAACAGUACAUUUAGUGGGAUCCCAUACUAUUCCAUCCUCUGCAUCCAAUUUUCGUGCAGAAUGGGCCGUAGUACUCUUGUUGCUAAGUACAUUGCUGCUAUAGCAAGUUCCCUUUUGGUACUGCUGCAACUUACACGAGACAUUGCUGGUAAUGCAAGAUAAAGACAAACUUUCUACUGAGGAGAUUGAUUAGAUAAAGGUAGAAGAUAGUGUUUUCUCCCACACCUUGACUUUGGGUAAAUAUUUUGUUCGUACAAUGUAAGUUGUGGGGGGCUUUUAUAGUGAGAGCUUACUACAGCUAGGCUUUGGUAAUGAGUGUAAAUAGAGUCAGGUUUGAUCACAUUGGCCUAGGAGGUCAUUCCGAUGAACAAACUAUCAGAUCAUUUGUAUGUAGCUGGUGGAUGCUUGAGCUUGAUAGAUAAAUAGAUUUCCUUUUUUCUUUUUCUCAUCUACAUCUUUGCCUUGACAUACUGCACACAAGGAACUUCGGUAUAAUUCGCUAUCCAGUUUGGAUUGGGUACGAGUUCCUCGAAAUCGUUCGUUGUAAUGAUCCAUAUCCAGUAGCU